AGUCAUUCUCACUACUGUCAUCCAAAACGCAUCCCAUUUUCUUUUGUUUUCAUCGGAAGUUCACAAAAGAUUCAGCUGUUCGUGCAACACCACGGCCUUCAACUACUCGUCGGACGGCGAGCGGACAGUGCGGUGUAUGGUAAAAGUGAUAGCAAACAGUGAUUAUUCGAUUCCUAAACCCUUUUUGCCUUACGAAUGAAAAGUAUGCGAGUGUGGGUCUAAUCGCAUCAUAACAGUGCGUCGGCUCAGCAUCGGAUCCGUAGGAGUAGCAUGGUCAGUCUGCUACGGAACUUUACAUCAAACUCAGAAGGACGCUUCUUUGAUGAAUCAUCGAGAAUGGACGACAGCAGAACGAUGCUCGAUCCCAUUCUGGCCACGGAAGAUGACGACAGCUUCCGGCCGCUCCGUACUGUCCCAGCUUUCAGCAUCCACCUCCUGCUAUCCAGCUGCAUUUCCUUGACUGGAAUAAUUCUAGCGGCCACAUGGGAGGACAGUCGACGGUGCGAGGCAUACUUUAUAAUGCUUUAUUUGCGCGCUGCGUUUUGGAUUAUCACUUAUCUGUUUGAUCACAUCGUAAGGGUUCAUCAUGAAAAGUUGCGGUUGAACGGUUAUCAUGAUUUCCAUCGUGCCACCGAACAGCACAAGGGCAUCCCGCUGCAGGUUGUGUCCCUGUGGAACACGUUCCUGCUCGCAAUCCAAACGUUGAUUCAACACUACUACGGUGACGCCUUCGGGGAGAAGUGCGUUGCGAUCGGGCUGCUGUCACCGAUCAUCUACAUUUCCGCCUUUUCUGGCCUGGAAACGAUUGUCCUGUGCAUCGUGAACGGAAGCUACAUCGCUGCUGUACGACGCUUCAAUCGCACCGCUUCACCGCCAGACGCAUUGCAGGAUAAUCGGGGCUUCAGUGGUGGUUCGCUGGGGCUUACCCAACGUGGCCUUAGUACUGCCGAGCUGCUGGAGAAACAAGCCGAUCUGAUCAAGUACUUGAAAGAUCAUAACUUGAAGCUGAAUCAAAAGAUAAUGCAAAUGAAUGCGCAGGUCCGAACGGUCACGUAUCCCGGAUAAGGCAAAACGUGUGAUUCGGUAGUAGGGAACAUUAGAACAGGGUAAAUGAAUGGUGCGGUUUUGUUUGUGAUUUCACGGUGUAUUCGGCAACUCGAAACCACAUUGGACUGAAGCUCGUAAAAUUGUCUUACUUUUGGAAAAUGUGCUCCUCUGGUUAGAAUAGCGUGCUGAUAGAGUGAAAGAGAGUGCAAGAGAGCACCCAGCAAUUCUUUGUUUUCCAAAGUAUAUUCUUUGAUUUUGUGUUUUCAAUCAAGUGUUUCCAAUGCUAGAGGAAAUGCAAUACAUUUUCCCACAUUUGUAUUUAAGAAUAAAUUCCUCUUGGAAUGAGUGAUACAAAAAAAAAAGUCGUUUAAUAAAUACUUACGAUUUAUUGCAAACUGAAGCAACGCAAA